CACACUCACCACAGGACUUGGAAUUACGAGGAGGACUCUCAACCGAUAAAAUGACAGAAGAUAAGAUCACCGGGACCUUGGUUUUCACUGUCUUCACUGCUGCACUGGGUUCCUUCCAGUUUGGAUAUGACAUUGGUGUGAUCAAUGCACCUCAAGAGGUAAUAAUAUCCCAUUAUGAAUACGUUUUGGGUAUUCCACUGAAUGACCGAAAAGCUAUCAACAACUAUACUAUCAACAGUACAAAGGAACUGCCCACAGUCCCAUACCUAGGGGAUUCAAUACCAACACCUUUGGUGGAGGAAGAAACUACAGCAUCUGCUAGCCUCGUCACCAUGCUCUGGUCCUUCUCUGUGUCUAGCUUUGCAGUUGGUGGAAUGAUUGCAUCAUUCUUUGGCGGGUGGCUAGGGGAUCGGCUUGGAAGAAUCAAAGCCAUGUUGGUAGCAAACAUUCUCUCAUUAGUUGGAGCUCUCUUGAUGGGGUUUUCAAAACUGGGACCAUCUCACAUUCUUAUAAUUUCAGGAAGAAGCAUAUCAGGACUCUACUGUGGACUAAUUUCAGGCUUGGUUCCAAUGUACCUUGGUGAAAUUGCUCCAACCACACUCAGGGGUGCCCUUGGCACACUUCACCAGCUGGCCAUUGUCACGGGCAUUCUUAUUAGUCAGAUUGUUGGCCUCAACUUUAUCCUGGGCAAUCAUGAGCAGUGGCAUAUCCUGCUUGGUUUGUCUGCUGUGCGAGCCAUCAUCCAGUCUCUGCUGCUCUUCUUCUGUCCAGAAAGCCCCAGGUACCUUUACAUCAAGUUGGAUGAAGAAGUCAAAGCAAAGAAAAGCCUGAAAAGACUCAGAGGAGGUACUGAUGUCACCAAAGACAUCAAUGAGAUGAGAAAGGAAAAAGAAGAAGCAUCCAGUGAACAGAAAGUCUCCAUAAUUCAGCUCUUCACCAACUCCAGCUACCGACAGCCUAUUCUAGUCGCACUGAUGCUGCAUGUGGCUCAGCAAUUUUCUGGAAUCAAUGGGAUCUUUUACUACUCAACUAGCAUUUUUCAGAGAGCUGGAAUCAGCCAACCUGUUUAUGCAACCAUUGGAGUUGGUGCCAUCAACAUGGUUUUCACUGCUCUCUCUGUAUUCCUUGUGGAAAAGGCAGGGCGACGCUCUCUGUUUCUAAUAGGAAUGAGUGGGAUGUUUGUCUGUGCCAUCUUCAUGUCUGUGGGACUUAUAUUACUGGAUAAACUGGCGUGGAUGAGUUAUGUAAGCAUGGUAGCCAUCUUCCUCUUUGUCAGUUUCUUCGAGAUUGGGCCUGGCCCUAUCCCCUGGUUCAUGGUGGCAGAGUUCUUCAGUCAAGGACCCCGGCCUGCUGCUUUAGCAAUAGCUGCAUUUAGCAACUGGACCUGCAAUUUCAUUGUAGCUCUGUGUUUCCAGUACAUUGCAAAUUUCUGUGGACCUUAUGUGUUUUUCCUCUUUGCUGGAGUGGUCCUGGCCUUUACUCUGUUUACAUUUUUCAAAGUCCCAGAAACCAAAGGAAAGUCCUUUGAGGAAAUCGCAGCAGAAUUCCGAAAGAAGAGUAGCUUGGCCCAAGCGCCAAAAGCUGCUGUGGAAAUGGAAUUCCUUGGAGCUACAGAGACUGUGUAAAGAUAACCUGCUUUUUUGACAAAAACAGAAACAGGAAGGAAGUUGUGUGUUUUUAACUGACGAUUCUUUGAGAAUUUUAUAUCUACGUCUUGAAGUAUUAUUUUAUUUUUUAGGGAGCUUUUAUGGGCUUUUCUCAGAAAUGUCAUCCAAAAUUACCAAAGAAAGUAUUUUUUUUAAGUUAGAGCAUCUAUUUUUGAUAGUAAGACUCUGUAAUUAAGUAAACCAAAAAGUCUAGCUCAAUUUACUACACCAAAGGGCAAGUACAUUGUAAUGUUCCUAGCUCUAUUCUUUAUAACCAGGUUCUCCUGAAAUGGAAGCAGUGUCAAUGUAUCAUGUUAUUGCUUCAGUAAGCAUGUGACUGGAAACCUGGAGCUGCAGCUCAUUUACAUAUUUGAACAUGAUUAUGUUGGCAUUUUCUUACCCACAGACCUCAUACUAAAGGAGCUUUGGCUAGUGGUAAUAAGGUCCAUGUUAAAAUUGAUAACUUUUCUAUUGCUCCCAUUCAGCUUUUUUCUUCUGUAUUAGAAUUUAUACUUUGUUUAAAAUUUUAUUUUUUCUGUAUUUUCACGUGGAAUGGUUUAUUGAGUAUAUUAAGAUAUGUUCAUAAAAAAAAAACUUUUAUUUUUGGUAGGCUUACCAAAACUUUUGGUACUCAGAAAAAAAAAUUAGUUCCUUUGCUUGAUAACCAAAUGAUUUUUAUAAGAUUAAACGCUGAAAAGAUUUUACCAGUCAUACAGCCUGGGUUAUCAGUUAAUAUUAAUAUCUAUUAUAAACCUAUGUUAAUUCCUUGCUAGUUCAGUCCUUUGAGCUCUAUUUUGGUUUGCUUUUAAAUUGAGCACAGCAUGGUUUUCUCAGCUGUAUUUUUUAUAAAGUACAUUCAAACAGUGAUUAAGCUGGACAUUUUUUUUUUUUUAAAGAUUUUAUUUGACAGACACAGUGAGAGAGGGA